AUAAGCGCCAUUUAUUUAUUUUUGUUACACAAACGCAAUCUAUAUCCUCAAUUGAUUGUAGAAUUUUUGGAAGAUACUCUUUGAAGAAAAAUAUUGAGAGAUAGAAAUAGACGAUGUCUUAUAAUAAUGAUCGUAAAACAGGAUGCUUUAGUUGUGGUGAAGAAGGACAUAUAGCUAAAAAUUGUAGAUCAAACCCUAGAAAUAAUGAUGACGGAGAUGCACCAAGAUAUAGAAGUAAUUAUGGUGGAGAUCGAGGUGGUGGAGGUGGCGGUGGAAGCAGAAAAUGUUAUAACUGUGGAAGAGAAGGACAUAUGGCUAGCCAAUGUAGAAGCAGAGAAAACAAUGGUGGUGGUAGGGAUGGAGGUGGAAGAGAUGGAGGAUAUGGGGGAAGAGGAGGUGGUGGUGGUGGAUAUCGAGGUGGUAAUGAUAGAGAUCGUGAUCGUAAUUAUAACUCCAAUCGUGUCUUCAACAAUGGAAAACCAACCCUAUUUGUUGCCAACUUGCCUGAUGAUACUGACACUGAAAUGCUCAAGGAAAUUUUCCCUGAUGCUGUUAAUUGGAGGGUUCCCAAUAAUUUUAAGGGAUACGCCUUUAUAGAAUAUGAAGAUGAAGAAAAGAUGGAGAGUGACUUGAAUGAGAAGCAGGAUUAUUCUCUUCAUGGAAAACCAAUAUCUGUUUCAAAGUCAAAGAAUAACAGUGGGGGUGGUGGAGGAGGAGGUGGUGGAGGCCGUGGUGGAGGUGGCCGUAGCAGAGGUGGUUACAGAGACGGAAAUGGUUCCAAUUCUGAUUAACUUCUUAAUAAAGAGAAACAAUAUACAUUUUUAUUAUUAACACCUUUUUAUUGAAAAUCCUUUUUAAACUUUCAUAAUAACCCAAAUUUAUAGUUUACUCACAUGAUACCAUUUUCAAUUACCCCUUAGAUUAAAAAAAUACAUUCAUUGUUUUAUGUCUCUUAUAAUAUUCUUUGAUCUAGCGAUUUUAUUGAUACUGAAAGGUGCCCUGGUGUAUUGUCCAAUGUUUAAGUCUGAUACCUUGCGUUUUGUUGUAACCUCUAAUUAGCCCUCAUUCUAACUUGUUAAUCAAAAUAUUGUAAAUACAAGAACCUUUAUUUGUGAUAAUUUUGUUUUUUUUUUACUCCAAUACAGAAUUGUAAGAUGUAUAUAAGUUUAAGAGUUUUAAAU